UCACAGACGCGCUUACUUGCCGAUUAGGCAGUAUCAACAUGGCAGCUUUCUGAGUUUUGGAGGAGGGGACCUGGUGUAAAUAAACACAAAUUUAACAGUUCAAAGGGAACGACAGCGUCGGAGUGUUUGAGUUUAUGUGUGAUUGGACCUCAAGGGGAAAAUGUCGAGUGACGGAAACAAGAAACAGUUCUGGAAAAGAAACGCAGCGAAGGUUCCUGGCAGCAUUCAGCAUGUGUACGGUGCACAACAUCCACCUUUCGACCCGCUCCUCCAUGCCAAUCUAAUUAAAGCAGGCAACAAGCCUCCUCCGGCCACGCCAGGCAAGCCCAAGAAGGCCACCACUUUCCAGGAGUUUGAGAGCAUCACAAGUGACGCCUGGGACGUCGGGGAUGACGAUGAUGAACUGCUGGCGAUGGCUGCGCAGAAUCUCAACAUUGAAGUGGUCAUGGAGACGGCUAAUAAGGUGAUUGAGAAUCACAGCAAGCAGCAGGAGAGACAGAGGCUGGACGAUGCAACAGAGCUGGAUCAAAGAGAAGAGGACACGCAGGAGGAGGCGGCAGAGGACGAAGAGGAGGACGAGGAAGAGGAGGAGGACCGAGUGGAGGAGGGAGAUGUGACCAGCCCAGAGGUGUCGUUUGCCUCCCAGAGCAGCCCUUAUACUGAUAGCCGCCUGGUGAAGUCCCACAGUGAAGCUCCAAUUGGGUCACCUAAAGAUGCAGCAGGUGAGCGUGCAGCCCUCCACAGACAGCGCUCUCUUCCCCACCGGCCGCCCGUCAUCCCCCUCGUGGCUCGCAUGGCUGACCAGAACACAUCUGGCACCCCGGCCAUGACCGAGAGGGAGGCGUCCCGUCUGGAUAAGUUCAAACAGCUGCUGGCGGGACCCAACACAGAUCUGGAAGAGCUACGGAAACUCAGCUGGUCUGGAAUCCCGCGACAGGUCCGACCGAUAGCGUGGAAGCUCCUCUCAGGUUACCUGCCAGCCAACGCAGAAAGGCGAGAAAGUGUUCUACAGAGGAAGAGACAAGAAUAUUUCGGCUUCAUCCAGCAAUACUACGACUCCCGCAACGACGAACAUCAUCAAGACACGUACAGACAGAUUCACAUUGACAUACCGAGAACUAAUCCUCUUAUUCCUCUCUUUCAACAAGCUUCUGUUCAAGAGAUUUUCGAGCGGAUCCUGUUUAUCUGGGCCAUCCGCCAUCCAGCCAGCGGCUACGUGCAGGGCAUCAAUGACCUGGUCACGCCGUUCUUUGUCGUAUACGUCUUUGAGUACAUUGAGGAGGAAGUGGAAAACUUUGACGUGUCCAGUCUCCAGGAAGAGGCUCUGAGGAACAUCGAGGCUGACAGCUUCUGGUGCAUGAGCAAACUGCUGGACGGCAUCCAGGACAACUAUACGUUUGCUCAGCCAGGCAUCCAAAGGAAAGUCAAGGCCCUGGAGGAACUGGUCAGCAGGAUUGAUGAAUCCGUGCAUCGCCACAUGCAUCAGUACGAGGUGGAGUACCUGCAGUUCGCCUUCCGCUGGAUGAACAACCUCCUGAUGAGGGAGCUGCCACUACGCUGCACGAUCAGACUGUGGGACACCUACCAGGCGGAACCAGAGGGCUUCUCCCAUUUCCACCUCUACGUGUGCGCCGCCUUCCUGGUGAGGUGGAGGAAAGAGAUUCUCGAGGAGAGGGAUUUUCAGGGCCUGAUGAUCCUCUUACAGAACCUUCCCACAAUGCACUGGGGCAACGAGGAAGUGAGCGUGCUGCUGGCCGAAGCCUACAGGUUGAAGUUUGCCUUUGCCGACGCGCCCAACCACUACAAGAGAUGAUAAGCGUGGCUCUCUGCAGCUGUUCCUGCUAUCCUUGCUCCCCUCUCUGUUCCUUCUUUCCUCCCCACAGUCGUCUGCUGAACUUGGAGGCCUCUCGUCCUUCAUGGAAAUGACCUCUUCCUUUUCUUAACCUCCCUUUCUCAUCUUGCCCGAUGGGCCUUUCAGCUACUAAGAGAUUUGAAUCAACCAAUGACUGAGAGGACAUGCGGUGUAGCAUUCUAACAUGUUGAUGUGGAGCGUUUUUUAAAUUAUUUUUCUCUGAUCAGCUCUGAAACGUGCACUCCAGUGCAGAGUUUAUCCUUGAAGAUCGCAAGUUUUCUUGUUGGAGUUCAGAUCGCUCAAGCUGUCGCCUCAGAGAACAACCUCAGGCCCGAUGCAGGACCACGAGCUGUUGCUCAGCAGCGCCUGGGGUUAGGUCUGGCUCAGAAAAAUGUUCCCUUCUGCUUAUAGUUAUUACCAGUACCACGGCAAUACAUUGCUUCUUGCUCCCCAAGGCAAAAAUGUGACCUUUUUCUCCAGUUUGCAAAGAAAAAAACGGCAAAAGGGCAUUGCACUAGAAGGUUUACAUAUCUGAACCCUUUCUCCCCAACCUGACGGAACAUGACCUCACCUGUUGUUGCUUUUUUUUUUCUUGCUUCAUGCCAGGACAGACGCAGAUUGUUUUUCCAACACACGAGGACUUUACAGCAAGAGAGAUUGUCAGUCUGUGAGGGGAAGCAUGUCUCUCUACUUCUACAAACCUCACACCGACACAGUGCCCCUUUUAUCCCGUCCUCCCACCCACACUGCAAAUUCACAGCAUUUGAGUGAGCGUAAGACAAACAGUGGUAGAAGGCUGCAGGUCAGGAGACUCACAGAUCAACAUCAAAGAAGCCAUUAGGACUAAAAAAAGUUACUUGUUCCCACUUCAGAGCUGUCUAUGUAUAAAUUGACGUGUCUUAUCUAUUAACUACGCCACCUAUCAGAACGUAGGACUACCUCAGAACACGCAUUAGCACAUGGAGAUUCACUCCAAAAACACAUCCUUAACACAUAUACACACAUUGGUAUGGAAUCAUAUUAAACAAACAAGAAAAGUUGAGUUUCAGUCCAAUUCAGAAAUGAAAUUAUCCUCACUGAAGCCAAAUGUGUUGUUUGUGAAAGAGAAACCAUGCUUAACAGGGUUGUUUUUGAGCUUUCCACAUCCAAAUUUACAACUGUGCCUUAAUUAGUUAAGGUACAAACGAGUUUCUUUUUUGUUUUCCCUCCUCACUUCCACUCCUGCUGUUAUUUGGGUUGUGUUUUCAUAAGAGCAUAAAGAUGUCACAUAAAAACUUACAGUAUGAUGGGAUUUCAAGCUGGUUUAUUGUGAAUUCACACCGGGGUUUGUGUUUCCUUCCCUGCUCUGAAAUACGAGAUGCUAUCAAAAAAUUUUGAGACUGUGCCUGAUUUAAAUUUGACCCCAUCAAAGUAGCCUCCCUGUGCAGCGAUACAGCGCUUCGUGCUACUCUGCAAAGCUUAUAAUGCCCCCUUGAAGUCCCAUUAUGGCAAGCACCAUCUGCGAUUGGCACUGAAUCUCUUAAACUAUGUCACAAUGACGACCCUUCAACUUGAAUUUCAUUUUGUGGUAAAGGAGGAAGUCACAGGGAGUCAAAUCCAGUGAAUAGAACAGGCAAAGAAUGAUGAUUGUUGCCUGUGGAAUCAACACAUUGUGCAUUGGAGCAUCCACACGCCGUGGCGCCCACAGUUCAGGUCGGUUGCGCUAAAUGUUCUCCUUCAGACUCCUUAAGAUGUUGCUGUCCGAUGCUGGGGGAUUCAUUCCCAGCGCUAAAUGCUGGUGGAAACAAAAAUUGUGCUUCUAGUGCACUCCCAACCUGAUGUAGCUUGUCGGAUUUUGGAAACUGCAGCUCUCCCACUGUAAAAACUGCUGUUUCUUCUCUGGAUGGUAGCCGAAGACCCAUCUCUUGUCAAAAAUUACACAAGUUCUGCUGUUGGUAGCAUUAUGUAACGCCAUCACUUGACUCGUGAACAUUACUGAUCGCACAUGUUGCACACGUGUGACUGCGAUGCCGACCCGACAACGGUUCCAGAACUUUUUGAUCGCACCUCAACAGCCAGUAAGAUGUUAAAAAUCUUGGCGAGACAACUAUUAAACCACAACAGCAACUGAUUCUCAUUAGUACAUCAUCCACAUGGCUUUCCUUGUCAGUUAACGUUAAUCUGUAUAAACACAUAAAAGCAGCAGGGGCUUUGGUUCAUUUCCAAGGACUCCAAUGAACCUUGAAAAAUGACGUUGAAUCAAGUGUAACAUCUCCGCCCAUCUGCAUAGCUUCCUGUGCAAUGUGAAUCAUCAGCACUAUACUGGAAACAUUUAAAACACCUACAAAAAUUCAUAUAAAUACAUAAUAAUGUUGUUUCUUUACUUACCACCUGUUAAUCCAUAUCUCUGCCAUGUUGUUUAAAGUUGCACCUAGUUAUUUAAUUUCCACAAUGCGCUUUUAUUUGCUGUAAACAGAGCAGGAUCAUGCCUUCAAAUAUGUUUGUUGAUAUUUUUAGGACUGGAAAUCUGUUUAAGCUGCUCCUCUUGAAUGUGAUAGAAAACUUGACAGGCUUAACUGAUAACGACUCCUCAGCACACCCUUUAAUGUUUUGCAUAUAGCGAGCUGCAACAUGUUUAAAUGACACACAACCUUAUGACUCUAGUGCACACGACCCUCUGCCUUACUCUGCAGUUGUACCGUUAGUUUCCCAUCUCUGCUGUAAACGCUGAUCUGUUCAUAUAGAGCACAUGGGAUGUCUUAUCCAAAGUCAGUAGCACCAUAUUGGUGUAGUGUUGGGAGGCGGCGGUGGGGUAAUCAGACAUUCAUGACAUAACACAAAGCUGUUAACGUUUGGAGCCUCCUGUCGCGACUCCGCCAGGAUCCAUUAUUGUCACCUGAGCCUGCGAAGACGGUGUGCGUAGGUGUGUGAAGGGGAGAUGGAAGGAGUGAGGGAGGGUGUUGUGUUUCUUUGGAAGUUUCAGCGCUUUUUCUCUGAGAGCUGUCAGUCUUUGAUCACAGGCUGGGAAUUUUUUUUAUUUUUUUUGCGCAAUCUGCACCAGUUUCACAAGCCCCUAAUCUCCCAUACUCUCUGACAAGGAAAAACUGCACUUAAUUUGAAAGUCUAUAGCCUUUUUUCCCCUUCUCCUCUUUUUUUGUAUGAGAUAUAUUCUUUCAAUCAGGAUUUUAAAAGAUUUGUCGUCUUCGUUUUGGUCUUAUUUUUUACACAUGUUGACGUUUACAAGCCUGUUAAGUUGUGCCUGACUCUAGAGACAUGAGAUGACAUCCUGGUUUCGCUUUUGAACUCAAAUGAACUUGAAAGGUUUUAGAUUUCAACCAAUAUUGGGACGGUUUGAAUUUGCUGUAAAAACACACAAUUUAUCUCUCUUUUGGCUAUGAAAACCCCCAACGUCAGCUGUUUUAGUUUUAUUCUGGGCAUUUACACCCUGUUAAGAGUUCAAACUUAGCAAUUGACUGUUCGCUAAACCCAUCCCGCCCCUGACGAGGCUUGUCAAGCUUCUCCACAGGCUAAAUUACCAUGCAUAGGCCUGUAUUUGUAACAGUGCUCAGCAUUUAAAGUGGUUGAGGUGUGUAGAAGGGACAGAUUAAACAGUGUGUUUAUUUGCUCUACUGUGAUUUACGUUAAUUAGCCAUUUUGUGUCUAACUAGCUAAAACAAAGGCGCACAUUAUGGUGACAGGUGGCAUCAAAAUGCAACAAAUCCUGCUUCUAAACAUAGCUUUUGGUAAUACUUCCCCACUGUGUUGAUGCUAUCUGAACGUAGACUAACGUUAGCAGCUCUGUCCUGGUCUUUAUGUGCAAAAUGUGAUGUUUUCAGUCCAGCAGCUCCAGCUAAUGCUAACCUAGAUAGCAAUAGAAAAACAUUUAAACAUUUAAAGUGACAGAGCUCUGCAACUACCAACAACACAACAUGAAACAAACAUGACUUUUUCACACAUAGUGAAUAUUUAACAAGCACAUAAGAUUAGCUGUUUCCUUUCUUUUUUCUGACAGCUUAAAACAUGUCCAGUAUCUGCUGACAUGUAAAAAUAGUUACAACUUUCCUGAUUGAAAACAGUUCCUGAAGACUACUCUCCAUUUUGCUCUCAUAGACUUACUUUAUUGUCGUUUUUUUUCAGUUGGCAAACAACUGAUUUUAUCUCUUCUACUCUGCUUACUGGAGCUAUCACAUCCUAUUCCGCCACCUUCUGACGACACAAGUCAUUCUAGUUUAUUUGCUCUUAAUCCGUUAUGGGAAACAAGCCAGAUUUGCAUUUUCCUUUUUCCUUAUUUCUCAAAAGUUCAUGUUAGACUCACUUGACAUUUUACAUGGAAAAACAGCCAGUGAUCCUGUAGAAAUGAUGCCAACUGAAAGCUCUCAUUCCAGUUGCUCUUUUACAUCAAGAUUUCAGACUCUGAGUUAGACUGAUUAUCCUGAAAUCAAGAGUCAGAGGGUACCAAUUUAGAUGCUGAUAGCAUCCUCUUUCUUUAGCAAUUACACUGUGCAAUCAACAUUUGUUUCAUAAUGAUGAGUUAAGGCAAAGAAACUCAUCUGCUGCCACUUUAACUAACUCGUCACAGCUGAUAGAAUCUGACAGAAAAUUCAACUGUUGCUGGCUGUAAUGAGACGCUGCUUCUGUCAUAAAUCAAUGAGAAAUUUUGUUGAAUUUUCCCACCAUUGCGAACAUGUGCCGUGAAUGGAAAAAGCUUGACUGGCACAGUGACGAUCAGGGAGAUGGGGAUUUGUGAAUAGUCUUGCGAAUGUUUGUCCCAUUUAUUAUCCAAGACCCAACUUCUCAGCCAAUUAAGUUGCCUUAUUGCACACAGUCAUAUUGAUACGAACACAGUAGGGGGGAAAGUGAUGCCGCUGGUGAACAGAGAUGCCCUGAAGCAACAACUGAUGUUGGAGGUUGUUCUCUCUGUGAAUGUGUGUGUGCGUGUUGGCAAAAAGAAAAGGCUCGAAAUCCUCUUUUUAAACGUAACACUGUUGGACGCAGUCAUUUCCCCUUAACUGGAAUCACCUUCCUGCUCAUGCUUCUGUGUGGAGAGGUGGUUUAAUCCACAAAUGCUGAUCUCAAAUCAGCCUCACACACAUCUCCAUGGUGAUAGAGGCCUCACAUUUCUUAUUGGCUCACACACACACACACACACACACUGAAAUAUAUGUAUGGGCAAAUAUUCUUCACAGCUUCGUCAGGAACAUGUUCAGCUGCUUUCAUUUCUUUUUACAGCCAAACAAGUUUAUGAAAACCGAACUGAAGUCGAAGCAUCCUUCCUCAGAGUCCUCAGAAGAAGAAAAUCUAAUAAUACUAGAGCGUGUGGGAAUUUAAAAAUGUGUACAGAGAAGAUUUUGAAACAAAAAUCUGUAAAUAGAAAGUGUAAAUAAAUCCUAUAUAUGACCAA